AUGGAAAACUCGAAUAAAAAUGCAUCGGAUUUAACGAGCAAUGGAAAUUCAACAUUUCUCACUGAUGAAGGAAAGAAAAUUAAAGAUGUUUGCGUUGAACCAUUGAACAUAGUAAAUUCGGUAUCAAUGUAUUCAGUUCAUAGUUUAGAUGAUUCUGAUUUCCGAUUGAUGUUAUCGAAUGCUGCAAAACCACAAUAUCAUGGACGUUUCGGAAAUAAGAAAAAAUCUAUGAUACCGCGAAUGUAUAAUACUAGGCGUUUAAGUUAUAAUGAUGAAGAGAAAUUAUCAGAAGAAGCGGACAAGCUUCUAGAGGAAUUUCGUCGUGAAGCUGAAGAAAACCAAAGAAAAGUUGAUAUUGAAUCAGAAAGGAAACAUGGCAUAGUUCGCGCAUUUAUCAAAGAAAUUUCGCAAGAGAUUAUUUCGAAUCAGUAUGGGACGCCAUUAAUUAAUAAUAACAAUAGUAAUAGCAAUAACAUUGUUAUUAAUAACGAUGAAAGUAAUGAGAAAACGAACAAAAAGAAACGCUUGGUAGAUAAUUCAGUUGAAAUAUUAAUAAAAGAUGAAUUAUUAAAUGGUGGUCGUGAUAAAUGGAGAAGAUCAAAUGAAACAAUUAAAACUGGAAAUAACACAAAUGAAUCGUAUGAAAUCGUUUCAAAUAAUAAUGCAAAUAUCGCCUAUAUUGAUGAGGAAGAAUGCGUGGAUGGCGCCAAUUUAAGUAGUGGUGCUAGUUUCGUGAUAAAUGACUUUAAUAAUAGAAUGCGAAUGCCCAACAGCGACCGGUACAAUAAACUAUAUGUUCAGGGAAAUGUUGUUCAAGAAAUGCAUGCAUUAAAUGAUAACAAUGAAUGGAAUGAAUCAGAUAAAAAUUAUUGGAAUGUUAACAAAAAUCCUACUGGUUAUUAUCGUAAUAAUUUCUCCAAAGGAAAUUCGAAUUAUGAUGAUAAUUCAUUUAAAUACACAUCUGGAGAAUUACAUUUAUAUGGAAACAAACAUGGUAAGUACGAAAUAAUAAAAUCACCGAAAUCAUUUUAUUUUAAUUUUCAAAGUAAUAAUAAUAUUGAUAAUGAUGCUGGCCUAACUAGUGGAAGAUCAGUUAAUCAUCCCACAGAAAAAUUUCUUGAGCCGUACGAAGAAUCCAAAAUAAAUAAAGAAGAAGAAAUUGGUAACAGUGACGAAAGAAAAGAAGUUGAGGAUGAAAUUAUUCCGACAAAUGAAAUUUCGUUUAAUAAGUCGAACAUAUAUUUUACACAAAAUUAUUUACAGCCAGUUCAAAACACAAAAUUGAUAGGAACAUUAUUUUUAAUGAACGAAUAUGGAAAACUAGGGUCGCCUUUGAAGAACACUGACAAUUUGACAGUGAAGGCAGAAUCGCCAUCGAUGACGCAGGCUUCAAAGGUAUCUGGGCAGAAGAAACGGGAAAAAGCGAAAUCAGGAAAAGAAUACAAAAGUGUUUAUUUGGCUGAAUCCGCUGAAGGAUAUAUGGGAAAUCUUUCACCCGAUGAAAUUUUGAAAUGUAUUGAAGGUGAAAGUCAAGCUAGGACUAAAACGAGUCAAAGAAAGGAUAAAGCGAAAGAUUCAACAACAAAAAUUGCAAGUGGAAAGAAAAAGGAUAAACGGCAGAAUCUUAAUGGAAAAACAUCACCUAAAGAAAUUGUUAAUCCACAGUUGCAAUCAUCUGAAGAAUUGUCGCUGAACAUGAAUGAUGCGAAGCAAGUUGAAACAAUUUCUGAAGAAAUUUUGACUGAUGCGAAAGAAGAUAAAAUAAUUUCUGAAGAAAUUUUACCAUCUAUAAAAACAAGUGGAGAAGCUAUUAACACUUAUGAAGAGAAAUCCUUGGCAAAAAAUGAAUUAUACAAAAAAUCUGUUGUCGAAGAAAUUGAGGAAGAAUAUCUAAGUGCAGAUGAAGGAAUUGAAACAAUUUCGGAGAAGGAUACGUGCUCAUUAAUGAAAUCGGAUGGAAAAGUAGCCCUUACACAUUUUAAAGGAGGUAUUUUGCAUUUAACCAAAAGCGAUUACGAGAAACUAUUAGAAGAAAAGCAUCCGAUUGAGGAACAGUUGGAAAUCGAAAGAGAAAUUCGAAAAAAAGUUCAGGUCGAAGAAGCUGAAUUUAUUGAAGUUACUCGGAAAAAAAAAAUACCUUCCGUAGAAAAAAAAGCUCUUUCAAGUGUUCAGAAACUUCGCGGAACGUCACACCGUAUUUCUGGAAAUAUUGCAUCGAAUCGACGUGGUUCAGCUCAGCUAUAUACAGAAUCCAUUAAUAAUAAAAAUCAAAGAUAUAAACACAAUAUAUCAAGCCGUCGUCAAGCUUCCCUUGGUGAUUUUAUUGGUGGUAAUGAGAAUAUUCAAGGCAGUGGUCGAAGAAAGGUAUCACAUCUUGAUGCGAUACCUAUUUUGACCACACCAUCCUAUAGCUCGACUUCAUCAGAAAGUAAAUCCACAAGUUUGCAUGAAGCAUCUUCAGCAACGAGUCGACAAGCAUCACCAGAUCGUGGUGUCGUUUCGUCGAAAAAUAUCUCGGGUAAGGAUGAUGUACCAGUGUCAUCAUCAUUAAAUCCAUCUUCUGUUAAGCCUGAUGAUAUUCCUUAUAUUCGACAAGAUUUUUCCGUGGAGCAGUCUUUGUCAGAAAUAUCACGUAUUGUAGUAGCAAAAAAUAUUCGAAAAACUGAUAUACGAAAGAGAUUGUCUGCACGGAAAUCUGUAUUUUUAUCUACAGGAAAACUUUCCCUCACAGAACCUCAAAAAUCUUGGGCAGAGAUUGCUAAAAGUAAGACACAUUCGAGCAUUCUAUCAUCCGAAAAUGAUCGAUCACCAAAAUUUUCACAUGGUAUACCGUCAACUAGUAAUGGUUUUAAAAAAAAUGGGGAUAUUAAUGGUAAUGGUGAUUAUGGUAAUGGUAUGGUUGAUGAUGACCAUCGCCCUCGCAGUGUGGCAUCUUCAUCAUCAGAAGAAAUAAAACUGAUCUUGCGAAGGUCCGAAAACUCUGUGGCAACGCAAAAGGGAGAAAGUAAUGAAAGCAAGGGCUCGCGCGUUGAGGGUUAUUCUUUUUUUUUCGAUCCUGAUGUUACGAAACAAAUGGUAGAAAGUGAAUCUGCCUGCUUCCCACCGUCAGAUAAAGCGGGUAAAGCGACUGUAUUAUCCGGUUCUAAUUUAACGUUGAAAUUACAAGAUCGGACGGUGAUCUUACCAUUCAUGAUACCGAUUUUGCCAUCAUAUGGUACUUUUAGUAAAUGGCAAUAUAAUUUAGCCAGAAACAUAGAAAUUAUGUGGGAUGCAUUCCUACAUUAUGGAUCAGAGCAUUAUACGUAUGAUUUGAUGUUAAGUUUAUUUUUGACAUAUGUCAACUUUCAGUUUUCUAUUUAUCAGAAAAUUCCAUUAAACGGCGAACUGACUAGUAAAAAUGCAUAA